GAGUGAAUGAUCGCCGACCACGACCAACCAACUUCCGCUUCUUACCUUUCUCUGUUGAGUAUAUCGGCUCGCUCGAUUUUGAGUCAUGGGUCGAGUAAUUCGCGCACAGCGUAAAGGUGCGGGAUCAGUUUUCCGCUCGCACACGAAGAGGAGGAAGGGAGCGCCGAAACUCCGCUCCUUGGACUUCUCCGAGAGGCAUGGAUUCAUCAAGGGUGUUGUUAAGGACAUCAUCCACGAUCCUGGUCGUGGUGCGCCACUAGCGAUGGUACAUUUCCGUGAUCCGUACAAGUUCAAAACACGGAAAGAGUUAUUUAUUGCACCAGAGGGAAUGUACACCGGCCAAUUUUUAUACUGCGGAAAGAAAGCCAAUCUCCAGAUUGGAAAUGUGAUGCCGGUCGGCAUGAUGCCCGAAGGUACGAUCGUCUGCAACUUGGAGGAGAAGACCGGCGAUAGGGGCCGACUGGCCAGAGCUUCCGGCAAUUACGCCACAGUGAUCACUCACAAUCCCGACACUAAGAAGACCAGGGUCAAGCUACCGUCUGGCGCUAAGAAAGUCAUUCCCUCCAACAACAGAGCGAUGGUCGGGAUUGUCGCUGGUGGUGGACGCAUAGACAAGCCGAUACUCAAGGCUGGUAGGGCUUAUCACAAGUACAAGGCGAAGAGGAACUGCUGGCCUAAGGUUCGUGGUGUUGCUAUGAAUCCCGUGGAGCAUCCUCACGGUGGUGGUAACCAUCAACACAUCGGUAAGGCGUCCACUGUCAAGCGUGGAACGAGCGCCGGUCGUAAGAUCGGUCUCAUUGCCGCUCGUCGUACCGGUAGAAUCAGGGGAGGCAAGACCGACACGAAGAAAGACGAUUAGACUAAAUAUGUGGUCGAUUAAACAGAAUGUAUAAUAAAAAAACAAUAUUCAUACAAAA